GACUGUGAUUCUUUUCGUCUAAUUAGAUGCAGUAUGUCACAGAAUAAAUAUAUGCAUCCUCGAAAUAUUUACAAGAAUCCACCAGACUUCAAACAAUUAGCCAUUUCUUAUCCUGAAUUUCGGAAGUUUGCAAAACAGGGCAUUACAGGAAAGGUGACCAUUGAUUUCAAGAAUCAAGAAGCUCUCCGGUCCUUAACUACAACUUUGCUUCAGAAGGAUUUUGGACUGCAUGUAGAAAUACCCUUAAACCGCCUGAUACCAACUCUUCCCUUACGCCUGAAUUAUUUACUAUGGAUAGAAGAUUUGAUGCACUUCUCAGUCAACCUCAGGGAAGGACAAAUAAAAGGUGUUGAUAUAGGGUGUGGUGCAUCCUGUGUUUACCCACUUCUAGCUUCCACAGCAAAUAAAUGGCAAAUGCUGGCAACAGAGUUGGAUUGUGAGAGUGUUAAUUGGGCAAGGAAAAAUGUAGCAAGGAAUGGCCUCGAAGACUUUAUAACUGUAAAACAAGUUGAUGCUGGUACAAUUCUUAAGGGUGCCUUGGAUAUGGACCAUACAUAUGACUUCACAAUGUGCAAUCCACCAUUCUUCAGAAGUGAAACAGAAGCAGAUUCCAGUAGCAAAUCUCGAUCUAAUUCACGAACACUUCCUCGUAAUGGGAAGACUGGAUCUUUGAGUGAAGUAGUGGUACAGGGUGGAGAGCUGGCAUUCAUACGGCAAAUGAUACAAGAAAGUGUAGAAAUGAGGAAUAUGGUGAAGAUUUACAGUACUAUGGUAGGACACAAAUCAAGUCUGAAUGCUUUGAAGUCUGAAUUAGAGAAAGCUGGGGUAGCAAGCAGCGCCCAGACCGAGUUCUGUCAAGGACACACAACCCGAUGGGGAUUCGCAUGGACAUUUCUCUCUGAACUGAACUUUGAAGUGUUACCAAAAAGCAAGAAAAAAGAAAAGCCUCCAAUGAAAUAUGUUGUUCCUAUGCUUGGCAAUGCUCUUUGCUAUACUGUUAAUACAGUAACUGGCAAAUUAAAGAUGCUUUUCUCACAGCUACAGAUUGAAUACAAGGAACUGAAAAGGAGUAAACACACAUCACUAUUUGAAGUUACAGCACAAAGAAACACAUGGACUCACCAACGUCGAAAGCGACGAGAACAGAAAAAGUAUGAGACACAGCUGGUUUCGGAAGAAGAUAAUUUGUGUGAAACAGCUGUUUCUCCCAAGAAAGAAGGGUGUAAUAUCUCAACUGAAACAGUUAGUACCUUGAAAGAGAGUAGGUUUGCAAUUGAAGGUUCACCUACAUCAGCAGUUCAGCCACAGUUACAAACUGACAUGAAGUCAAUGAAACGAAAACAUGACAACUCAGUAUGUGAAAACAAUAAAAAAAUAUCAAAGGGUGAAGAGCAAGAAAGGCUGCAAGAGAGAGAUGAUUUGCUGAACUGUAUGGACCAAGCCCAUGAAUCAGAAUUUCCCUAUGAAGGCAAUCUCCAAUCAACAAGUCAUUCAGAAUUAUAUUCAUACUCUGUGAAGUCUGUAAGUUCAAGAAAAUCACAGAACCCUGAAAUUAAUGACAACAGGGAAAGUUCCGAAGGAAAUAAGAAUGAUAAAAGAAAUGCUGAAAUUACACAAGAUUCUGUCAGUAAAAAUGAAGAGUGUGAUCUCAGUUCACCACACUGUUCACAGAAGAGAUAUCAAACUGAAACAAAAACAGAUUCUUGUAUUUUGAAAUCAGUGGUUUCUGUAAGAAAAUCAGGUCCCGAGAUUCACAUUGAAAUGGCAUUGAUAGAAGGCACCUGUGGCCUUGAUGCUGUUCAUCAGAUAAUGCAGUACAUUAAAAAUAAUCUAAAAAUUGAAUGAUGUACAUGUUUAAAAUUCAGCCACCUGUUACAUUCUUCUGUAAAAUUGUAAAUAAAUGCUCUUAUUCUGUGAACGAGA